GCGCAAUGAUAGCCGGAAGCACCGAUGGGAGGAAAAUAAAAAUCGAUGAAAUCCAGGGUAAUUCGCGAGUGUAAACCUCUUACCUACUGUCCUUUUCCGCGACCGUAGGCUCGAAUUUAUCAGCGUUUUUCACUGCCACUGUGCCGGAGGGGACGGCUGAGAGCAGGAGGGCUGCUCAAUUUGAACCAAGUUGCUCGGUAGGGGUUUAGCUGACGUGUGGAGAAGUUGAGACUGCCAGAGAGCAGAUAAACAAACAUAAACAAGCAGGGAUCAGCUGAGCGCCUGUCCGAACCGAACCAGCAGCACGGAGAGAGAUGUCAGGGAGAGCCAGUUUCUUCUUUCCAGCCCAAGAAUGAUCCACAGGAGACCGUGACUCACACUGAUACUAGCUCCAUGUUAUUUGUCAACACUGGCACACAAAGAAUUUUUCGGAAACACAACACGAGGUCCAGGCUUUAGCAGAAAAUCCACUGCUCCUGUCACUGUCUCUUUGUCAAGACAUAGCGCAGGCUAGCACGGACAACCAAUGAGUUUACCUUCCCGUUUGCAGCUGUAACGAAACGAAUACACAUUACAGUGCAAGGAGACAGAGAAGUGGGAUUAACAUGGCCCACCAGGCAACCCCUAGUUCCCAGAAGGCCCUGAUGAUGGAGCUGAAGUCUCUGCAGGAGCAGCCCGUGGAGGGCUUCCGCAUCACUCUGGUGGAGGAGUCCGACCUCUACAACUGGGAAGUGGCAAUCUUUGGGCCCCCAAACACCUUGUAUGAGGGAGGCUACUUCAAGGCUCACAUCAAGUUCCCAGUCGACUACCCGUACUCCCCACCAACCUUCCGCUUCCUCACCAAGAUGUGGCACCCCAACAUCUACGAGAACGGAGAUGUGUGCAUCUCCAUCCUGCACCCUCCUGUCGAUGACCCUCAGAGCGGGGAGCUGCCCUCUGAAAGGUGGAACCCCACCCAGAACGUUAGAACUAUCCUGCUCAGUGUGAUCUCUCUGCUCAAUGAGCCCAACACCUUCUCCCCGGCUAAUGUGGAUGCGUCUGUCAUGUUUCGCAAAUGGAGGGACAGCAAAGGCAAGGACAAGGAGUACGCAGAGAUUAUCAGAAAGCAGGUGAUGUCAACAGCGGCAGAGGCUGAGCGCGAUGGCGUGAAGGUGCCGACCACGUUGGCGGAGUACUGCGUCCAGACCAGGGUCCCCUCCCAGGACAGCAGUUCAGACCUCCUCUACGACGACCUCUACGACGACGACAUGGAGGAGGAGGAUGAGGACGAAGACGAGAGCGAGAUGGAGUCCGUAGGUGAAGCCGGGGGGAUGAGCCCCACGGAGGACGGCGGGACGUCCACCAGACGUUACGACAACCAGGACGACUCUGGCAAUGAAGACUCAUGAUGAUCUGGAUGAAAACUCCUCCCUGCCAACUCUCCCCCCCUCCCCCACCGUCUUUCUUUUAUGCAUUUCAUUACAAUUUUCAGUGUGUUUGUGUGUGUGUGUGUGUGUGCGUGCGUGUGUGUGUGUGCGUGUGCGUGUGUGUGUGUUAGCACAUACAGUGGGGUCAAUGGUAAACUGCCAAAAAACGUUUCAUCAUUUAUUAAACUAAUUCAGAGGGUCAAAUAAUCGUUGUAGUCAAAUGCUAUUGCAUACUUUUUUAGAAAAGUUUGUUGGUACCGUUUUCACUGAAAGUCAGAAUUAGGUGUUUCCACCGUUUGCCUUAAUUACAGCUUGCACUCUGUCUGGCAUCAGAUGUUUCGCAGAGAUUGAGAUUUGAAAUUAUUCCAGCACUUUUUGAGAGCACCCCCAGGUGUUUUUGAUGUUGCGUUAUAUUUUUUAAAUGCAGAAAUUAUGGCAGAAUAGAGUGGUAUUACUGUGCGAUGAGUGUGCGAUUAAUAAUUUUACAGGUUACUGACUCCAGACGAGGCAAAACAUCCCCACACCUGAAUAUUUCCAUCAACAUGUUUAACUCAAUUUCUUUUGCCCUGCUGUAUUUCUCCUUCAUGCAACCAACUCCUCACGUACUGUACUGGAAGUUGUUUGGUUGCAACCAUAAAGUUUGAAUUUUUGUCAGUCACCAACAGUGAAAUCUCUGUAUUGUUCAAUGCAUGCUUAGCCAUUAGACUUGCUUUUGUUUUGGUUACUGAUUAAGUUUGACUGUCUUUUAACUGUAGUUUUGUCAGUUGGAAUAGGACUUAUUUUGUUGCAUGGCUUUGCAUCUUGGAUGCAGAUGCAUAAAGAUGGUGGCUUUAAACCAUAGUGCCAUCUCUACUUCAGUCUUGUCCUUGUUUAGAUGAGAAUAACUUAUUUUUUGUUAAAAACUUUCCAGCCUUUUAAUUAGACUUCUUUUUAUUAGAACCUGGCAUUAACAGUAGUAACACUAAUAGUUCUUUAGUUAAAACAGCUGGAGUGCGGAAACUCUAUCAGUGACAGUAAUUACCAUAUGGGAGAGACCAUAUAGCAGCUAGGAGUAUGGCGGAAAAUCCUAAAAAAAAAGCAUACAAGAAAAGUUUCUGGACUGGAUGCUCAACAUAAAAAGAGAAACUGGUGUUCAGAGGAAGGAUUAAAGUUGUGCACAGGAAGACUUGAAGAGAGCUCUUCUGGGGGCGGGGGAGAUGCGGCAGACAGCGCAACUCUGGUAUACUGCAAAACACAAAGAGCUUUCCCUGGCGCCGAUGGGCUUUAUCAGCAUUGUGUAAACUCGUUUGGCAAGGACUUGGAUGUAAUGGACGUUCAUUUAUACGUAGAAGUCCCGCACUCCAGCUUUAAAAGUGUUAACCUUUGUAUACGUGGUUAGAAAAACAUGUAAGAAUCUUCCUAUCACACAUACCAGUAUUUUCAUUACUUACAAGAAUUUCCCAAAGAUAAAAAUCACAUGUUUUUAGUUCUAAAUAACCUGCAAAGUAAAGAAAUUGUUUUAGUUUUUGAUAAAUGAUGAAAACAAACUGUCCCUGUGGUGGUCUCUUGAACCCCGCUGUAACUGGCCGGCUCUUCGUCUGACUAAUCCGUGUCAGAUUGUUUGGUUUUGUGUUAAAAGAUUGUCUCUAUCCACCCGUGUCUUUACUUGUUGCUGUUUUUAUAUGUUCUUCUUUUGUUUUGUUGACAUUGUGUCCUACCUGACUUGUCCCUUGUAUUUUCUGGGAGGGUUAAGACAGUUUGGCUGAUGGACACUUUGCUGUUUGACUCAUUAACCAGUCGAUGAGCGGGCCAGCUUGGCCUGUCACUGUCCACCAGUGUGGCAUCCUGUGGCUGAAUAUCUCUGUCCCUUUCACGCCUGUCUGUCUGACUAAUGCAAUCAACUUAAACACAGGCUCCACCGGGACCCUGCCCUCUUGGACCCACCUACAGUAAUGUCCAUCACGACUGCUCCCUCAUGAUCCCUCAAAGCAACUUCUUUUGGUUAGGGGUCGUCGCCUCCUACACCUCUCUCUGCCUCUUAAACCUCAGGGCCUCAAUAGACUUUCACUGAGAGAGAAAAACCAGUCAAAGAGAAACUUUAACAUACAAACUGCUCCUCACCUCCACCUCCUUUAUUACUUUCUGCAUCACCGGGUGACUGUAGAGGGCAGAGAGUGAAUUGAAAGUCUCCAAUCUCACCGCCAGCGUGUUUACACGUGACUGAUUAGGCUCCUUAAGUUGUUUUCUUCAUGGUAGGCUAGAGUCAAAUUUAACAAAUCAAAAUGUACCUGUAGGGACUUUCUCCUCGAGACAAAUGCUCACAUUAUGUUGCGAAAGAUAUGGAAAUGUUGCAUUUUUUCCCGCCGUUACUGCGACUGUCUGUUUAUUAACGGACAAAAUCAAAAUGCAACUUAGCUCUUCAUUUGCAUUUGAAUGAAUAUGACACUGAUUGCGUGUGUGUGUGUGUGUGUGUGUGUGUGUGCGUGUGCGUGCGUGCGUGCGUGCAUGUAUUUACUAUUCAUCUAUUGACUAAAAUGUCCUAAAAUGUUCCUGUCUCUGGAACAGGUGCAGACUUCUGUCACACCAGUAAGUUUGUCCUAAUGACCUUUUGGACUUUGUCCAGUCGAGAAAACAUUGUGUGUUUGCACAGUGUCCUAGUGCUGUUUUGGUGAGGCCUGAAGUGGCUAAGGAUUUGACUGAUAAAAAAAAAAAAAGAAACACCCUCUGAGUAUUAAACUUUUGGUCACACUGAACAAGUUAUGGUUGUGGGUAUGAAUCUGUUGCCCUUUUCAACACAACGGAGCACUGCGCAAACCUUUGAAUCAAACGGAUGGAUUUUAUGCCAAGGAAACCAGUACAAGUACAGCCCCACAACCGUUCAUGUACAAGACUAUGAAGCAAUGGAUGCAUGUGGUGGAUUUAAACGCUGUGUGAAUAAACUCUUUACGAGAUACCUUUUUGGAUUUAAAUGUGAAGCCAAAGGAGUGAAACAUUUCCUCCCGGCCCGGUUAUUUUGGAGGCUCACAGAGACUGGAUUCUGUUGAGAACGGGUAGAGGAAGUUCACUCCUGAACCGGAUCUUUAAUGGAUUUGAUAUCAAGGCACAACAGGAAGGGGAUAAAUGCCAGAGAUUCUGAACUUUUCUAGAUGUUCUCAUGUUUUGCCCAUCCCUCGCCAUACAGAGAUGAAGUAGAAAAAGUAAUGAAAUGUACCAAUGUCAUGUGUAUCUACUAAAUGACUAGUUUGACAUAUUGGGAAAUAUGCUAAUUAGCUUUGUGGCGAAGAGGAUCUACAUCACUCUCAUCCGUUAGCUUAGCUUUGCACAAAGACUGAAAAGACGGGGAAACAGUUAGCUAUAGCCUAUCUCUUUUUUUACCUGUACGACCCCCCCCCCCAUAAAACAGCAAAUUGUCCUUCUUACACUAAGUUUUGUAUAGAUUCAACAAACGAGAAGUAACGUCUUAUUGAGUGAGCUUUAGAGGUGCUGGCAGGCUGACUUCGGUACCAUAGGACAGAGCCAGGCUAGCUGUUUCCCUCUGUUACAAGGCUUUAUGCUAAUACUUAGCUAACCGGUUGCUGGCUGUAGCUUCGUGUUUAACUGACAGACCUGUUGUAAAUCUUGUCAUUGACUCCUUGCCAGAAAACAAAUAAGUGUAUUUCCCAAAAUGUCAAACUAUUCUUUUUUUAAUAUAAAGCUACAGCCAUUAGCUGGUUAGCUUAGCUUGCCAUAUAAACUAGAACAGGGGAACCAAAAAAAGAACGUUUUAAGCGGGAGUUAUGUGCUGAAAGUUUUGGAAAACUUUGGCUAGUUAGCUAAGUUAAGCUAACCGGCUGCUGUCAUUAGCUUCACAUUUAACAGACACACGAGACGGUAGUAUCAGUUUUGUCAACUGAUUUUAGCUAAGAAAGCAAAUAAGUGUAUUUCCCAAAAUGUCGAACAAUUGCUUUGAUUUAACAAUUUCCCCCCAUCACAAAUUUAGAGAUCAGAAUCAGCGUUAUUGUUUUUGUUAGAGUAAAGUCUAGGCGUAGUGACGCCCUUAUGAUAGCAAUUCAAUGAUCAGUUUAGAUCUUUUCAAUCUUAAAAUGCUCCUCUUUCUUUUUACUUAAAUGUAUGCCUUGUUUUUAUAAUGAGGACAGGCGGGGAAAAGCUCAGGAGACCAUUUGAGGGAAGAGAGCUACCAACAAUUAUCUCCGAGGGAUGACAAUAAUUUACCAAACUCAACCUAAGAUAUGACGCACUAAAAAAGGACUGCGGUCUAACAUGUUGAGAUGUUAUUCCAUACACACUGUUAUAUACAAAGGCCUGAAUGAAAACAUUUAGUUCAUUUAAACUGCGUGUGUGAGCAUGUGUGUGCACAAAUGUGUAUUUUUUUAUGCGUGGGCCUUCACAUGGUGACGCACUUAAUGGACUGACAUGCGUGUGUCCACAAUGCGUCCACACCUAUUGAUGUUAAUGGCUUUUUCUUUGAUUUUAUGUAAUUUUUUCCCCUCAUCAUUUUGUGUUUGUGAGGAUGCAAAUGUCACUCAUAAAGUUUCUAUUGUAAAAAAAUAAAUAAAACAUUGUUGGGUUUGUUUCCAU